CAGGGUGCAAGCUGUUGCUGGCACGCCUCGCCAGCAGUUCGGCAUGGACCCCGCUGUCAACGAAAAAAGACCGAACGCAUCUUUCCCCGCUUUCUCGGUCACCCACAGGGCCACGAAGGCGAUCGCGCAUCGCGGCGUGGGCUGGAGAGGUCUUCUUCCCGGGGGGGCGGCGCGAGAGUGAGCGAAGAUGGCCAUGUCUCGCGCCCUGGGCGGCUCGACGCCCGGAGUUGGAUGGCCUGGGGGGCCACAGGAGGAGCAGAACAGGGGCGAGCAGAGGCCGCUGUGGCUCACAGCGCAGCCUCGCCAGCCCAGCCCAGAUUCAAGCAGUGGAAUGCCGGGACGGUCGGUCCCUGUUCAACAUAUUGAAGAAGCCGCGCGAUUCGCGCAGCGCUCGCCCAGGUGAGCCAAUGGCACGUGGUCGGGCUCUGCUCGUGUGCGCGCUGUUCGCGCUGCCUCGCUCCCAUUGUGCCGCACGCGCUGAGGCGGCGGGCACGAGCAAGGAGAGGACCCUGUGAACAAGAUCAUCCGGCUCCUGACAGAUAUGAAGGACCAGGUGGAAAAGGAGGCUUCAGCGGACACACUCGGCUACAACAAGUACAUGUGUUGGUGCGAUACGAACAGGAAGGAGAAGACGGAGGCCGUCGAGAUCGCCACCAAAAAGAUCGCGGAGCUGACCACGUUCUUGGAGGAGGGAGCGGCCAAGAAGGACAAGCUGAAGACGGAGAUCGAAGGCCUAGCUGCCGACAUCGCCCAGGACACCGAGACGCUGGCCACGGCGACAGCGCAGCGCCAGGACGAAAAUUCAAAGUUCAAGGGGGCGGAGGCCGACAUGAAGGAGACCCGCCAGCUCCUAACCGGGGCCGUGGAGGUGCUCUCAAAGGUGCAGUUGCUCCAGACGGACGCCUCUGCUGCAGAGGCCAAGAAGGCCAAGGUCGCCCUGGUGCAGGUCCGCAACAUUGUCAGCAGGCGUUUCCCGAAGUAUGAGAGUAUCAUGCAGCGCGACUUCUAUGACUUUCUGGGGUCCUUCGGGGAGAGGACACAGCCCAGCCAGCUGCUCACUGGCGCGACCAUGAGCGACGCCGAUCGCACAAAGGCCGCCUCGCUGGCGCAGUCCGCACACCAGAGCCAGCUGCUGCCCUGGGAGAAGACGGAAGAGCAGCUCGGCCAGGAGAAGAAGCCGAACGAGCUCAUCGGAGCCGCCGCCGGCGCUAAGUCGUACAACUCCCGCAGCGGCCGCGUCCUCGGCGUGCUCGGCGAGCUGAAGGACGAGUUCACGAGGGACUUAGCAAAGGCAACCUACGACGAGUACCUGGCACUCGUGUCGUUCCAGAAGCUGAAGUCUGCCAAGGCCUCCGAGAUCUUCAUCGCCACCGAGACGAAGAAGCGCAAGGAGACAGCACUAGCCGAGCUCCUCGACGCCAUCGCGAAGGCCAAUGCGGACAAGGCCGCGAUGGAGGACGCCAAGGCAGCGGACGAGGCGUUCCUCGCCGAGCUCGAGCAGAGUUGCAAGGACGAGGACGCGGCCUACCACCAGCGCUUGGCGGACCGCACCGAGGAGAUCCACGCGCUGUCCGAGGCCCUGAAGAUCCUCACCGAGGACGACGCGCGCGCUACGUUCGGCCGCUCCUUCAGCCUGCUGCAGCAGCGGUCGCAGCGGAGGGCGUCCGCUGAGGCAGAACUCGCACAGGACCGACGCUCCGAGAAGGCCAUGCAGCGCAUCGCGGCGAUUGCCAAGAAGCACAAGAACUGGGCGCUGGUGUCGCUGGCCGUGCGCACCCGUCUGGACUCCUUCACGGAGGUGAUCGCGGCCAUGGACGCCAUGGCGGCCGAGCUGGCAACUCAGCAGAAGAAGGAGUACGAGAAGUGGGAGUCCUGCAAGUCCGAGAUCGACAAGACCGAGGACACCAUCAAGGUGGAGGAACGCACGAAGAAGGAGCUCGGCGAGACGCACACGUUGCUGGUGGAGAAGAUCGACACCCUGAAUGGUGAGAUUGCCGAGCUCAGGAAGCAGGUGGCCGACAACGAGGUGGCCCUCAAGGACGCAGGCGAGGACCGGAAGGCCGACAACCAGCUGUACCAGGCCUCCGUCAUGGACCAGCGCGCCACGGUGCGCAUCCUCGAGAAGGCCCUCGCGCGGCUGAAGACAUACUACGCCAUGCUGCAGACUCAGCAGCCCGUUCCUGGCGCCACCGCUCCUCCGCCACCGGCCAGGGGAAAGGCAUACGAGAAGGGCGCCGGCGCUGCAGGGGUCCUGCAAGUCAUACAGAUGGUCAUCGAGGACGCCACGCGCACUGAGCAGGCACUCGACAAGGACGAGAACGAGGCGCAAAAGCGCUACGCGGCCAUCGUGAACGGCCUCACGGCCAGCAUCGAGGCAGACCGCAUUGCGAUCGAGGAGAAGGAGCAGCAGGUGGCCUCCACCGAAGUGGAGAAGAGCGAGACAGAGGAGUCUCAGCUGGCCAACGAGGAGGAGCUGAAGAACCUCGCGGAACUGCUGCACGCGCACCACCUGGAGUAUUCGGCGGAUUUCUUGCUCAAGUAUUUCGACAUCCGUCAAAAGGCGCGGCAGGAGGAGAUGGACGCCAUCGGCGACGCCAAGGCGAUUUUAUCGGGAGCUGACUUCGGCAAGUAACGUCUGAUUCGCCCGGCGGGCGGGCCGCGUUUGUGUUGAGGAAUGUGAUAUUCGACGUCCGAGCGACGAGGAGGAAGGACUGACGGUGAGAA